CUCUGUGAUAUUAUCCGUUCAAAAUAUAUACACACAUAUUAAUUUGAUGCAAUUUAUUUCAAUAGAUUUUGAAGGAGGCAAUUGCUAUAAUUAAGUAAUUGGUAUUUGGUAGAUCGAAGCAGCCUGAACUGGAAUCGAUCAGGGAGGAAAACGCUGACAGAAAUAGAUUUGGCGAUCGGAUGCGUCAUUGAGAAGCAACGAAUCCCCGAGUUGAAUCACUUGGAGAGGUGACCCAAAUGACGGCGAGCGAAACCUUUGUAAGCGAUGAAGGGUUGGCUUCAUUGCCGACGAAUCCUUCGUCGCCGAUGACUCCUUCAUCCCCGAUGAAUCCUUCCUCGCCAAGGAAUAGGAUAAAGUUUCUUUGCAGCUAUGGCGGGAAAAUAAUGCCCAGAUCAAGCGACGGUAAACUCAAGUACGUUGGUGGAGAAACUCGAAUGGUGGCGGUGCCGGGGGAUAUCAAUUUUUCAGAAUUGAAGAAGAAGGUGAACGGUAUGGUAGAGGGGGACGUGAUUCUGAAAUUCCCGAUUAUCCCCGAGGAACUUGAUGCCUUGGUAACUGUAAAAUCUGAUGAGGAUGUCAAACAUAUGGUUGAUGAGUAUCGUCGUCUCGAAAGUGAAGGAAUUCCAAAACUACGUGUUUUCUUGUUCCCUUCGAACCCGAUCGUAGUUCGAGAACCAGACGAACCCUGUAGAUCCCUACGCCAUUGAGCAGCGUUACAUAGAAGCCAUCAAUGGCAUACAUCUUCAGAGUUCAAAUAAUACUAGUGGAAGACAAACCUCUGUCAACCCAAGCAGCUCCAACUUCAGCACCUCUGCUUGCACUUCCCC